UUCACAUAUACGCUCAUGGGGUCUGAACUGGCAGUGACCGACCAGGAGAGAGACCUCGGGGUUGUAGUGGACAGCACGAUGAAAAUGUCGACCCAGUGUGCGGCAGCUGUGAAAAAGGCAAAUUCCAUGCUAGCAAUAAUUCGGAAAGGAAGCUCAUCGGAGUACAAAAUAAACAACAAAGUGGUACAGCUGAGCGAAUACAGCGAGGAGCUGGAGAAACUGGGCAUUCUGAUAAAAGCUAGGAACUUUCUAGUCUUCCAGGGUGCGGUGGAAUCUAUUGCCAUGAAGAACCCCAAGGAGCGCACAGCUCUGUUUGAGGAGAUCAGUCGCUCAGGGGAGCUGGCUCAGGAGUAUGACAAACACAAGAAGGAGAUGGUCAAGGCAGAGGAAGACACCCAGUUCAAUUACCAUUGCAAGAAGAACAUUGCAGCAGAGCGUAAGGAGGCCAAACAGGAGAAAGAAGAGGCGGAUCGGUACCAGCGCCUGAAGGAUGAGGUUGUGCGAGCCCAAGUCCAGUUGCAGCUCUUCAAGCUGUACCACAAUGAAGCUGAAAUUGAAAAACUGAACAAGGAGCUGGCCUCUAAGAACAAAGAGAUUGAUAAGGACAAGAAGCGCAUGGACAAAGUGGAGGAUGAGCUCAAGGAUAAGAAGAAGGAGCUGGGCAAAGUGAUGAGGGAGCAGCAGCAAAUUGAGAAGGAGAUCAAAGAGAAAGAUUCUGAGUUGAACCAGAAACGCCCCCAGUACAUCAAGGCCAAGGAAAAUACUUCUCACAAGAUCAAAAAACUGGAAGCUGCCAAGAAGUCCCUCCAAAAUGCCCAGAAACAGUACAAGAAGCGCAAGGGUGAUAUGGAUGAGCUGGAGAAGGAGAUGCUGUCUGUGGAAAAGGCUCGGCAGGAGUUUGAGGAGCGCAUGGAAGAGGAGAGCCAGAGCCAAGGCCGGGACCUCACAUUGGAGGAGAACCAGGUGAAAAAAUAUCACCGGCUGAAGGAGGAGGCCAGCAAGAGAGCGGCCACCCUGGCCCAGGAACUGGAGAAAUUCAACCGUGAUCAGAAGGCGGAUCAGGACCGCCUUGAUCUGGAGGAGAGGAAGAAAGUAGAGACUGAGGCCAAGAUAAAGCAGAAAUUGCGGGAGAUUGAAGAAAACCAGAAGCACAUUGAGAAGUUGGAGGAGUACAUCGCCACUAGCAAGCAGUCCUUGGAAGAGCAAAAUAAGCUGGAGGGGGAGCUGACGGAGGAGGUGGAGCUGGCAAAAUGCCGGAUUGAUGAGAUCAACAAAGAGCUGAACCAGGUGAUGGAACAGCUGGGGGAUGCUCGCAUUGACCGGCAGGAGAACAGCCGGCAGCAGCGCAAGGCCGAGAUCAUGGAAAGCAUCAAGCGGCUCUAUCCUGGCUCUGUGUAUGGGCGUCUAAUUGAUCUCUGCCAGCCAACCCAGAAGAAGUAUCAGAUAGCUGUCACCAAGGUGCUGGGCAAGAACAUGGAUGCCAUCAUUGUUGACUCAGAGAAGACUGGCCGGGACUGCAUCCAGUACAUCAAGGAGCAGCGAGGAGAGCCUGAGACUUUUCUGCCGCUUGACUACCUUGAGGAAGUGGGCGGAGCUGAGCCUUUCGGCCCUUCGCGCAGCAACAUGGCGGCGUCAUUGAGGAGCGUGAAGGGAUUGGUUGGCCUGGUCACUGGUGGGGCUUCAGGGCUUGGCCGUGCCACAGCAGAGCGGCUGGUGCAACAAGGAGGCAGUGCUGUGCUUGUGGAUCUGCCUAAGUCUGACGGGGAGAGCGUGGCCAGAUCGCUGGGAGAGAGAUGCAUCUUUGCUCCUGCUGAUGUAACAUCGGAGUCAGAUGUGAAGGCUGCCCUUACGCUGGCACGGGAGAAGUUUGGGCGUGUGGAUGUGGCAGUGAACUGUGCUGGGAUCGCAGUGGCUGUCAAGACCUAUAAUAUGAAUAAGGAUCUUCCUCACAAGUUGGAGGACUUCCAAAGAGUUAUUAACGUUGGCCAGGCUGCCUAUUCUGCUUCCAAAGGAGGCAUCGUGGGGAUGACACUGCCCAUUGCCCGGGAUCUUGCCCCCAUGGGGAUCAGAGUUGUUACCGUUGCACCAGGUACCAAUCCUGCCCUGGAUCUGGUCUUUUGGAGAAAAACAUAGAAUUUUUGAAGAGUCCUUAGGGCUGGAAUGGCAGAGGGUCAAUGACAGGGUUGUGUGUACGUGACAGAAUUUGUGUUAGCUUGGCACAGAAAUGGGGGGGGUAGAAUUGUGCCAAUUGGAGGAAUCUAUGCAAAUUUGCCUAUUCUGUAACCUGUUCUGAAUGUCGUGUAUUUUCCUGAGAAAGUGCGGACAUUCCUAGCACGGCAGGUGCCCUUUCCAACUCGUCUUGGCGCUCCAGGGGAGUAUGCCCACCUUGUGCAAUGCAUAGUAGAGAACCCCAUGCUCAACGGUGAGGUGAUCCAGCUUGAUGGGGCUGUACGAAUGCAGCCUUAAAGCUAUAGCCUUGGCCUGGAAGAGCAAGAGGGCUUGUCUUCCCCAUCACUAUUCAGGGGAUUUUGUUCACAUUGGACUAUAAUGAUGGUACUUUGAUCAUGGCUGCCUAUGCCAUGCUUUCUUCACUGGAAUCUGGGCUAGCAAAACAAAUGAUUAACAUCUGGACCAUAAUAAAUGAAUCAUUACUUCUGUGUCCUGUCUGAGUCCUCUCCUCUACUGCUAGUGGGACAGUCUAGAAAAUCCUGGACACUAGACCUUUAACCCAAUACAAAUGUACAUUACAAUCCAGAAGUCCUAUCAUUUUUUUACUUCCAAAUCCAAUGACAGCUGUGUUCCUGUUCAGCAUCUUUUCUACAGCUACACUUGAUCCUUUUUGUCUCUUUUACUUACUCCAUAAUGAGGAUUGGAUGGAUACCCUGAACCAAAAAAAAAAUCAAUGUGAAGGAAACAAAAAUCUUAGAACAAAUUGUGCAAAUAAAGUUAAGUAAGCAACUCA